AUGAAUUCCGCAGAGAGUGGUUUACAUCAACUUUUCAAGGCUCAAGCGACGGCGACUCCAAACACUCCGGCAAUAGCCUUCGGCGCCGAACAGACAUCCUAUGCACAACUGGACCAGGCGACGGAUGCCUUGGGAGCCUACCUUCGACGUUGCGGCGUAUUAACCGAUGAUCCGGUGGGCAUAUACAUGGAAACCUGCCCGGAGUACAUCGCCGCGACCAUCGGAACAUUGAAGGCCGGCGCGGCCUUCAUGCCCGUGGCCCUGGAUCUCCCCGAUUCCCUUCUUGGCGCAUUGGUGUCCGAGUCCCAACCCAAGGUGGUGAUUACCAAGGCGAGGCACCUGCCGAGGCUGAGUAGAUUCACUGGGCCUCGUCUAUUGGCCGUUGACUCCGACCAGUCCUGGAGAGAGUUCGAUCCGCCAAGCGACGAAAUUCGCGUUGACACCGGCAAUCUGGCCUUCAUCCCCUACACCUCAGGCACAACAGGACAGCCAAAAGGGGUGAUGCAGACCAGCGGCGCCCUGAUUUCAUCCUACUUGGCCAGGUACAGGUUCAGUUCUUACAAUGUCGGGGACAGGGUCGCCUGCAACAUCUUCUUUCCCUGGGAGUUCCUCCGUCCGCUGUUGAAGGGAGGAACGGUAUACGUUAUCCCCGAUGAUGCGGUGUUCGUGCCUCGCGCGCUAACCGGGUUCAUAGCGAAACACCAGAUUACCGAGGUGCUCUUCACUCCGUCCCUGCUGCAGGGGAUCUUGAAUUCGGCAAGCCCGGAACGAUUGCGCGCCCGCCUGUCCUCACUGCGAGUGGUAUGGCUGAACGGCGAGGUGGUGCCAACCAGCCUGCUGAAGCUGGUCCUGGACGUUCUGCCCAAGUCUACGCGGGUGUUCAACACCUACAGCAUCAGUGAAGCCCACGACGUUUGCUCCAUUGAACUGACGGACUUGAGCCUGGGCGGCAGGGAUGCCUGCCCCGUGGGUUACGCAAUGGACGGGGUGACACUCCGAGUGCUCCCGGAAGGGCAGUCCGAUCUGGCUUCCAGCGGGGUCGGGAGAGCUCUUGAUUGGCGGUCGCGGACUGGCCCGCGGCUAUCUGAAGAGGCCCGACCUGGAUUCCGAGAGGUUCGUCAGAUGGGACGGCGAGAGGUAUUACUCCACCGGCGACCUAGCCGAGGUUGA